CAAAGCAGGGUGAGAGAGGAACUUUGGUUUCUCUACACGCUAAUGGCGGAGAAGGGAAGAGUUUGUGUGACAGGGGCAGGAGGGUUUUUGGGUUCGUGGGUCGUGAAGUUUUUACUCUCUAGGGGCUACGAAGUACAUGGAACCGUUAGAGACCCAGGACAUGAAAAGAAUGCUCAUCUGAAAAAACUGGAGCAUGCUGCACUGAAUUUGCAUCUUUUCAAGGCAGACUUGCUGGACUACGACUCACUUUGUGCAGCAAUUGCAGGAUGCAAAGGAGUAUUCCAUGUUGCGAGCCCAGUUCCAUUAGGAACUGUAUCAAAUCCAGAGGUGGAACUCAUUGAGCCUGCAGCAUCUGGUACGCAUAAUGUACUCAAAGCAUGUUCUAAAGAAAAGGUGCAUAAAGUUGUUGUUGUGUCAUCUAUAUCUGCUGUCUACAAGAAUCCAAAUUGGCCAAAGAAUCAAGUUAUGGACGAAAUGUGUUGGUCUGAUAAGGAAUACUGCAAGGAAAUCAAGAACUUUUAUUGCCUUUCCAAAACUUUAGCAGAAAGUCAGGCUUUAGAGUAUGCAAAACAGAAUGGUCUCAACAUUGUGACAGUCUGUCCAGGUCUUGUUCUUGGACCAAUAUUGCAGCCAACAAUUAAUUUCAGCAGCUUGGUUCUCAUCAAUCUUUUGAAAGAGGGAUUUGAAUCAUUGGAGAACAAAAUCUGUAUAAUCGUAGAUGUCCGUGAUGUAGCUGAAGCACUUCUACUGGCAUAUGAGAAGCCUGAAGCAGAAGGAAGAUACAUAUGUCUAGCAUAUACGAUCAGAACAAAGGACCUGAUCGAGAAGUUAAGGAUCAUGUAUCCCGACUACAACUAUCCAAAGAAUUUUGAGGAGAUCAUGGCAGAAGAAACCUAUAGUUCUGAGAAAUUACAGAAAUUGGGGUGGAAAUACAGACCAUUGGAGGAGACCCUUUCUGAUUCUGUUAGAAGCUACCAAGAGGCUGGGAUACUGGAUAAGCACUAAAUGACUUGUGUCGUUUCUAGUUUUGUUUUCCUUUCUAGGAAAACAUUGUUUAUUGGAAGAAAUAAACAAUUGGAUGAUUGGAGACAUGUUUUUUAUUAACUUUUUUAUUCAUACUGAAACUCUGUCGAUAAUCAAACUUACCUUCAUCCCAUUUACAUAAGCAU